AUGAACCCUCUCAAGUGUGCAUUUGGAGUCACGUCGGGGAAAGUUCUUGGUUUUGUGGUUCGCCAUCGAGGUAUUGAAAUUGAUCAGGCCAAAAUUGAUGCUAUAUUGAUGAUGCCUGAACCUCGUGACAUUCUUGAAUUGAAAAGUCUUCAAGGGCGAUUAGCUUAUCUGCGGAGAUUUAUUUCAAAUUUAGCAGGAAGUUGUCAACCAUUUAGUCGCUUGAUGAAGAAAGAUGUGCCAUUUCAAUGGGAUGAGACAUGUAGUAAUGCAUUCAAUAGCAUUAAGUCUUAUCUUAUGAAAGCACCUGUUUUGGUUGCACCUAUGCAUGGAAAGCCAUUACUUCUUUAUAUUGCUGCCCAAGAACGCUUAGUGGGGGCAUUGCUUACACAAGAAAAUAAUGAAGGAAAAGAAGUUGCCCUUAUUAUUUAA